AUGUGGAAUGAGUUUCACGAGCGCAGCAUCCAGAAAGCCACAAGCUACCUAGGCAUCUCAAAUGGACUUUCAAGGGAGAACAAAGACCCAAUACUAUGGGACCCGGAGGUCCAAGAAAAGAUCAGAUCCAAGAAAACCCUCUACAGGAUCUGGCAAAGUACAAAGAGCGAUGACGACCGGACAACAUACCGAGACGCAAAGAGGGAAACCAAACGCGCGGUGGCGCAGAUCAGAGCUAGAAGCAGGGAAGGUUUUUAUGCUAAGCUAGAAAAUGCUAACAAUGAUAAACAGCUGUUUAAAAUUGCCAAACAAAGACAUCGAGAUACACAAGACACUCGGGCAGUUAAGUACAUCAAAGACCUGCAAGGAAACCUCUUAACAUCAGACUCGGAUAUAAAUGAUAGAUGGAGGGAAUACUACGCUAAAUUGUUGAACGAGACACACCCCUGUGAACCAAUAAUGGAGCUUCCAACAGUGAAAGGUCCAUGGCCUGUCAUUACGCCGGAAGAAGUCAAAUUAGCGUUAAGCCAAAUGGCUAAUAAUAAGGCAACUGGUCCUGAUGAUCUGCCAGCGGAGCUGUGGAAGAAACUGGGAGACGAUGGAAAAGACUCAAUAACCAAACUUGGCCCUAACCGGGACUCAAACCCAGGAUCUUCGGAUGUGCAGCCGUACAUGCUACCUACUACACCAACGAGGCAGUUCGUCGACUUCAUGUAUGAUAUAAAUGAUUAUGUCCGUUUUAAUGUCCCACUGCUGGGCCCGGGCCCUUCAAUAAAACAGGGAGAUGAUAAAAUCGCAUUGACACAUGGUAUAAGUCAGUGG